UAUUAUUUAUAAAUUGUUGGUAAUUUAAAUAUCGAACCUGGUAUUCCGUUAAAAAUUUCAUCACCACCUUGGACGAGAGGCAUUUGGCUUGGCUUCAUUUUAUUUUCCUAUAGCUACAUUUUUUGUUGUGAAAAUGGAUCAAGAAGUUCAAAAUUCUGAUACCGAAGUUUUCGGAAGAUGCAGGUGCUGCUUAGAACUUGGCAACGUGAAGGACAUGUGGACUCCGUAUCCAUGGGAUGGAGCUAAUGAAAUCUAUGGUGAAAUGCUCAUAGAAACGUUCUCAAUAACUUGGGAUUCGUCAGCGACCAAUGAGGUGAUUUGUGAAAUGUGCGUGGGAAGACUACGGGACGCGCACACUUUUAAAAGGGAGGUGUUGGCCAGUGAAAAGUUGCUAAUGGACGGAGCGUUAGAUUCCGAAUCAGAAUCCGUAAAUGAAGAAAAGUUAUCAGAGAUGGAUCAGUACGAGAUCAUUACAUACCAUGAGGAAGGCGAAGAAGACAACGAUGAAAUUGUAUUCGAGCAGAUUGAAGAGGAUGAUGUGCAAAUCAAACAAGAAGAAGAUGAGGACAUUGAAUAUGAGGAAGUUGAAUAUCUAGACGAUGAAGUACCAGAAGAACACCAAAAGAAGGAGAAAAAAAAACGCAAAGCAGCUGCCGCUAAAUCGUCUAAGAAAGCAAAAGCAGUGAGCAUCAAACAAGCGCCGCAAAGUGGCAGAAAGCGGAACUACAGGAUGUACACCGAGGCGACCCUCCGUCAAUGCGUGGAGGAAGCAAUGUCAAGCACGGAGCCUCUGUCCAAGGUGGCGGCGCGCUACGGCAUCCCCAGGAAGACUCUGAUCGCUAGAGUAUACAACAUUAAGCACGGGCUGAAACCUGAAACGCCUAAAGAGAUCGCAACGCAUAUGAACAACGAGCGACACUACCAAUUCGUGCAAGAAAUCACGAAGGUGCUGUCCCUCACCGACGCUGUUCCUUUCAAGGUAAAAUCCGCCAGGUACUUCUGUGCGUUCUGCUACACUGCCAGUGAGAGCUUCGAGGACCCCAGCGAACUCAGAGUCCAUACAGCCAGCCACGGACUGAAAGAAAGACUUGACAGACUCGACCAAAUCAUGAGGCCGCCGUUCCUCAACGAAAUGUUACGCGUAGACAUCGAAAUGUUCAACUGCACGGUCUGCCAAACCCGCAUACCGACGUGGAACGAUAUGUUCGUGCAUCUGAAGGAUUUGCACGAUAUUGAACUAGACCAGGUUUAUGACAAAUUGAUUCCGUACAAGCUGAGCGCUCAUAAUAUAGUUUACUGCGCGCUGUGCAACGAAGAUUUCCCGAAUGUAGCCAAUUUGGACUCUCAUAUGAACGCUCACUACUGCAAUUAUGUUUGCUCGGAAUGUGGAGACACUUUUGUCACUGAAAAUAGAUUAAAACACCAUAUUAUGAUACACAACACGGGCAAGUUUUCGUGCGGGCAUUGCGGGAAGACGUUCUCUUUGGAGAAGUACAAGAAAAAACACGAAGCGAUGGUGCAUAAAGAAGCUAAGUUGUUCAAAUGCGCGGAUUGUGGCGAAGCGUACCAUUCUGAGUACGAAAGGCAUUUGCACAUAGUCGAGAAACACAAGGAGAGGGUGCGGAUGUCGACCUGCGAAUUCUGUGGGAAGACUUACGAUUGGAAGCCAUACUACAUGGCCCAUUUGAGGAAAGUUCACCACAAAGUGAAGAAUUAUAAGUGCAAUUAUUGUAACAAAUGUUUUCUUAGCGGACACGAAUUGAAAAUGCACGUGCAAAGGCACACGGGGAAAGGCAAGCAUGUGUGCAUGUUUUGCGAGAAGAAUUACGUCACUUUUACAGAGCUGAAGAAGCAUAUGAAAAAGCACGCCGCUGAGAUAAUGUACGUGGACGAAGAUAGCGUUGUAGUGAGCCAAAGCUAAUUUUAAUAGUGUGAGUUACAUUUCAUACAGCGCCAUCUAGUACCAAACCAAGCAAAGCUUGUACUUUUACUGUGGACCUUUUCACACUUGAAGUUACGUGUGGUACAAAAUGUACAUUUUGUUACGACCUUAAUGAAUUUCUAGAUUUUCUAGUUUAAUUUACUUAUAAUUUAGUAACUAAGGUGCAUUGGAUUCUAGGACGUGUAUAGAUCGUUUCAUCCACGAAGACGCGGACACCAUUCUUCCGCCAAUGUUUGAGUGUUAUCGGUACACGCUAAAUCAUCCAUGAGUGCACACGCACACUACAAUAAUGACUCCCCGACCAAAAAUUGGUGAAUAUAUUUUUGAAUAAUUCGAAAAAAAACGAAUCAAACAGUCUCACACUACAGAGGGUUUAUGAAAAUCGAAAAAAAUGUUACUGUUCCAUAAAAUCAAAUGAGUUUGGGUUCUGUCUGUACAUGAUAGUUAAAUGUGUUUGUUUGAGCAUAAAUUCAUAAUUUAUGCUCAAUAAAAUUAGAUUGAUUAAAAAUCCGUCUGAAUGAAAAUUGCAAUUACCUAUUUAUAAAAGACAAUCAUUAAUAAUGUAUUUUGAUAAUUGGUUAAUAUCGAAGAUGUUAAAUGAAUGGAAUCAUUAAGUGAAAAUCACUAUAAAAUCCAGCGACAUCUGCGAUCGCCACUACUGAGCUUCGGCAAGACAGACACCAUAUUAUAGACUUAGAGCUAGUGAACGCCAGACCUACGUCACUUUAUAAUGCUCCCAAUAUAGGCACAGAAUAAUAAUAAGUACCUUGUACAGAAGUUUUACUUCGCGAAGGUAUUUAAAAAAAUGUAUGCUCAAUGUCAUAAACAAUAUGGUGUAAUUUAGCUUGUCUCAAGAGUCAAGCACCAUAAAUUAUUUGUUGGGACUUUGGGACUUGGACUACAGUAAUAUUUGAGUCACUUUGACCGGUCAUUUAUGGUUUUUGACCAUCGUGACCGGUCAGAUUCCGUAAAUUUACAUCUCUUUUCAUGAUGCACCAACAUUCUAACCUAUAUUGGGACCAUACGCUGACAAACUUUCAGCUUUUAUAACGUAGGUCUGGCGUUCACUAAUAACUCUUAGUCUAAUAGGGGUAUAAAAAGUCGCCUCAAAAUGCAGGACAUUUAAAAUGUAAAUUGGUUUAACGUUGUAUUAAUUUUAUUGUAAUUAGAAAAUAGGGUGUGUUUGUGUAUGAUUAGUUUAUAAUAAAUGAAUGAAAUCUUUUGUAAGAUAAGCUUAGUUUCAAGCAGUUGUUAAAAAUAAUAUAAUUAUGUCAUUGUUAUUUGCCAAUCCGCGCCUCGCGUCUUGACUGGGGUCAAAAUAACUAAGCUAUCAUUAUUUUUCUUUUUUUUUAAUUUAAGGGACUCCUUGGUGUUUAUAAUUUGUUGACGUCAUCUACUAUAAUAUUUUACCCUAUCGGCGUUGCGUGGCCUAAGUUAGAUGAAAAAAGUUGUAAGAAAUGAAAUCGCAGAAUAGAAAUUUUCCUAAAUUAAUUGUAAAAGUUAUAUUGUAAAUUUUGAGAAACACAAAUGAGUUUUGUUUGUUCGUUCUACAAGUAUUUUUAAGCCGGGAUCAGACGGGUGUAAUGUGUUAUGUAACAUGAAUUCUACGUGUGGACGGCACUACGAGCAUUACAUUUAAAGUGCUGCCCAUUCUAUUUCCAUUACAUUACACGAUACAUUCCAUUACACGUUACACUCGUCUACCCGGCCUUAGAUUAAUUACAUGGAAGUGUGACCCUUAUGUUGAUAGUUAACUUUUGAAUUAAUAAAUGCCAAAAGUUUC